GUAUAAUUCCACUUCUAAUUGCUGUGGUUCUGAGCUGCAUGGAAUGCAAUACUCUCAUGCUCCCGGCGUCGGUGUUCGCUCGUCCCCCACACAACCUCCAGGUCAUUCGAUACGUUGGGGACCACACAGCAUGUUCUGGAAAAUCUGGAACUACCGAGGAGGCAACAGGAGGCUUCCUGGGGCGAAGCAACAUGGCAAUGACCUCUGGUGCCGCAACCACGACAACCAGGGCAACACCCCUACGGCGUGGACAUGGGGGCCGCACGCUAGGACGGCGGGCAUUUGCGGCUGGCACCAAGGCACGACACCAGAGCGGGUGCCCCGGGACGGGGGGCACCCGAACAGGUAUAAUUCCACUUCAUACACCUGUUGCUCUUUGUGGAAUGUUGAGGUCCACGACUCUCAUGCUGGCGCGCUUGCUUCCCUCCCCUACAACACCCAGGUCCACCACACGGGGCGGUCCAAAUUCGGGCGGUGGAGCACGGCGGCGGGACCAUACCAGGCGACGACAUGGUGGUGACCAAGCGGAGAAAUAAAAAGGAAACGAUCUGAAGAGUCUGUUGAUUGACGAUCCGAGAUAAUCUAGGAGUUAGCCUCCAGCUGUUUUCAAAAUAAUAGAAACAUCUUGAAAUCUAGAUUUUCUAUUUGUAAAACAUAUCCAAGUUGCAAUUACAUCUCAAAUCGAAAGGAGAAAAAGAACAGAUUUAUUUUUCAACAGAUGCAGAUCAAAAUUAAAUUUGAAUUUUUAGGGAAGUAGUCGUUGCAAAAUCAGGAACUUAUUGUUGAUUGUCGGUUGAAGAUUUAGAUCCGGAAAUUAUUAGAUCAAGAGAAAUCCUGAAGGUCGUCGUAGUUUUUAGUUAAUCUCAGUUUGAUGGUGAUAGGGAAGAAUUGAUGUGAGAACUGAACGUUGGACAUUUUCGGGCCUCGAAAAAUUGAUGCCAUGCCCAGGCAUG